AUGGACGAAGAACAUGCCGAAGAAGUGUCCAAGAAGAUAAAAGAAAACGCUGCGAAAGACGAAUAUUUGCUGAACAUUGUUAGAAAUUUAUCUUCAGCGCAAGAUAUGACAAUGGAAAUCAUACGCAAACAAAAUAAAGCUGUAUUUAAAGACAUAACGAAGCUGAGUGGAGCCAUACAAGUACUGGAAGGAGAAAUCCACGAAACCAAAGAUGAAGCUACUCGAGUUGCAGCUAUAGCCAACAUUCUUUCGUCAUUAGAGGUACUAGAAAGAAUUCAAAAUGAUAUCAUUGGGGCAAUAUUCAAUGCUAAAGGAAAUUUUCUCAAUGGAAUUCUUCCGAUAAGAAAGUUCAAAAAACAAAUUGAACUUAUUAAAGUCAACCUAAACAAGAAUUUGCGGCUGCCAACUGAAGAUCCUGUAGAAUUGGCUAAGGUGUCAAAAGUUUUCACCAGAACAACAGAAGAUUUCGUACUCUUCAGCAUUCAGCUGCCGUUAAUCAAUCAUGAAAUCUUUGAUGCAUAUGAAGUAUACCAAUAUCCAAUAACUCACGAUGGAUAUUCGGUAAAUAUUCACACCAACAGCAGAUAUUUCCUCAUCGAUAAGAGAAAGGCGCUGUCUUAUAUUUUAGAUGAUGGAAACUUUGAGCAUUGCCAGAAGAUGAGAGAUUUAACGCUAUGCCAUCAAGUACACCCAUUGUUCAGCACCAGGUCGGUAAAUAGUUGUGAAGUCAAAUUAUUCCUCAGGGCUAAGCAAAUUCCGGAUAGCUGUGAAAUAGAAAUUAAAAAUCUUCAAAACUAUUGGCGUCAAACAUAUACACCGAAUACUUGGAUUUUCUCAGUAUAUGAACAUACACCAGCAGAAGUAACUUGUCAAGAUAAAACUCAACAUAUUGUUUUACAUGGUUCAGGACUAUUAACUAUGGAAGCAGAUUGUCAUUUGGAAGCAGCAGAUCUUCAUUUGUGGGCAUAUGAUACAUAUGCAACAGACGUUCAUUAUGUGUUCCCCUCUAUGAAUAUUACAUCAUUUAUGCCUAAUAUAAGUCACUUGAAGCUUAACAGUGAAGUAGAGGUGUACAAGAUUCUAGACAUUCCUAAAGAAACAACAAUUCUUGGUUUUCCGAUAUUAGCUGAGGGCCAUCAUCUUAAUCAUUACAAGAUAAGCUUGAUCAUUAUCACUGUCGUCAUUAUUGCCUUGUUUUGGAUACUGAAAAGAACGUGCCAUAUUUCAUCAACCUCUCUGCCAGCUACCAUUACGCUUCCCCGUAUAAUAUAG